AUGACUGCUACCUGGAUCAGAGAGUUUUCCGACCACCGGUGGGUGGAGCUUCCGAUCCCUCUGUCCAGGCGCAUGGUGCACCGUUUGCAGAGCUCCAGCUCCAAACCCACAACAAUGGACGCGACCAUGGGGAGCAUCGCCCCGACGGGGCUGAAGGGAAAGCUCGCGGCCCUUGAGGAUUUCAUUUCUAUGCAGAAUGAAGAGCUGGCUGCGCAGCGCCAGGAAAUUGAGAGCCUCCGUGGUGACAAGGCUGGCAUCGAGGAGCACUACCAGGGCCAGCUGCAGGAGCUGAAGAAGACCAUGGUCGGGGACGUGCAGCGCCUUCAGGAUGAGGUAAAGCGGCACUUUGCUCAACAGAAAGCAGAAAAUGCCCGUCUGCAGCAACAGAUUACGACCUUGAAAGGCGAGAAGACGUCCCUGCAGCAGCAGAUUUUGGGUUUGCAAAGGCGGAUCCAGGAAAUCGAAGAGCAGGUUGGUGCUGAUUGA